AGUGCCUGCCAGACAGUAAAUAAGCCCAGAAGCAAAAAAAAGCAGGGAAGAAGCUGUCUCCAUCUUGUCGGCACGCGCUGGGCUGGCGACGCGGCGGCGAUGGGGAGCGUGCUAGGGCUGUGCUCCGUGGCGAGCUGGAUACCAUGUUUGUGUGGCAGCGCCCCAUGUUUGCUGUGCCGGUGCUGCCCUAGUGGAAACAAUUCCACUGUGACUAGAUUGAUCUACGCACUUUUCUUGCUUGUUGGAGUGUGUGUGGCUUGUGUAAUGUUAAUACCAGGAAUGGAAGAACAACUGAAUAAGAUUCCUGGGUUCUGUGAGAAUGAGAAAGGUGUUGUUCCCUGUAACAUUCUGGUGGGCUACAAAGCUGUGUAUCGCUUGUGCUUUGGCUUGGCCAUGUUUUAUCUUCUCCUCUCCCUCCUGAUGAUCAAAGUGAAAAGCAGCAGCGAUCCUAGAGCCGCAGUCCACAAUGGAUUCUGGUUCUUCAAGUUUGCUACAGCAAUUGCAAUUAUUAUUGGCGCUUUCUUCAUUCCAGAAGGCACUUUUACAACUGUGUGGUUUUACGUAGGCAUGGCGGGUGCCUUUUGUUUCAUUCUCAUACAACUAGUCUUACUUAUUGAUUUUGCCCAUUCUUGGAAUGAAUCGUGGGUUGAAAAAAUGGAAGAAGGGAACUCAAGAUGUUGGUAUGCAGCUCUGUUAUCAGCCACAGCUCUGAAUUACUUGCUGUCUUUAGUUGCCAUCGUCUUGUUCUUUGUCUACUAUACCCACCCCGCCAGUUGUUCAGAAAAUAAGGCGUUCAUCAGUGUCAACAUGCUCCUCUGUAUUGGGGCGUCUGUGAUGUCUAUACUGCCCAAGGUCCAGGAAUCACAACCAAGAUCCGGCUUGUUACAAUCGUCAGUAAUUACAGUCUACACAAUGUAUUUGACAUGGUCCGCUAUGACCAAUGAACCAGAAACAAACUGCAAUCCAAGUCUACUAAGCAUCAUUGGCUUCAAUACCACAAGCCCUAUCCCAAAGGACGGGCAGUCUGUGCAGUGGUGGCAUCCUCAAGGAAUUAUAGGACUUGUUCUUUUCCUGCUGUGUGUGUUUUAUUCAAGCAUCCGUACCUCCAAUAAUAGUCAGGUUAAUAAACUGACUCUAACAAGUGAUGAGUCAACACUGAUAGAAGAUGGGAAUGCCAGAAGUGACGGAUCACUAGAAGAUGGUGAUGACGUUCACCGAGCUAUAGACAAUGAAAGGGACGGUGUCACCUACAGUUACUCCUUCUUUCACUUCAUGCUCUUCCUGGCUUCGCUGUAUAUCAUGAUGACCCUUACCAACUGGUACAGGUAUGAGCCUUCUCGCGAGAUGAAGAGUCAGUGGACAGCAGUCUGGGUGAAAGUCUCCUCCAGUUGGAUUGGCAUCGUGCUGUACGUGUGGACUCUGGUGGCACCGCUUGUUCUUACAAAUCGGGAUUUUGACUGAUGGGACUUCUGGCAUGAGAGUCCCACUUUGGUCGCUGUUUAUUUGACAUUAACAGUAUUCUCAAUUUUUGUAAAGUUGUAUGUGCUGUUGUGUAACCUACUGUUUUUCUCUUGCAUGAAUUAGAUUUACUCUGCCAUUUCAACAUGUUCUUACUAAGUGUAUUGAUGAUAUGAAAUGUAAAGGAAGAAUUUUGAUAUAGUGGCAAAUUAGGAAAGAUGGACAUUGAUAAGAGGCAUAUGCAUAUCAUCUGCACAUAUGAAAUUAAAAGUGAAAACAAAAAUUCUUGACAGUUGGUUUCAAAAUUGUGUUAGACCUUACGCUACUUUAAAAACAUAAGUGUAUGGCUGCUUUCUGCCUUACAGAGGACUGCAAAGCAAAUCAGCUGUUCUAAAAUUAUGUAAAUAAGUGAAAACUAGUUGUCUGAAAAACACAAGUCACUUUAAUUUUGUCAGGAUUCUCUUCCUACGUACAGAAUGUUGUAUGUUUAGUGGGAAACAGUGUAGGAUGUGG